AUGAUGUCCCCGAACCGCGUCUCAGAGGAUCGGGGCAACCCACCUCAUCAUCUCAGACAUACACCCUUGCAGAUAAUCCAUAUUGUUGCAAAUUUCUUGAGGAUAUGGUCAAUAUACUCCAUGUACCGCUACUUCGUACAGACUGGUGCUUCUGUUGUUCUUUUUCUGUUUGCCUGCCUGGCCCCAGCAUCCAUCCUAUUUUUGAUUUUGCAAAAGCCUUGGAAGGGCAGGCCUCUUUCUAAUACGCAGGUUGUUCCUUCUAUAAUAAAUGGUGGUAUAACGGCACUGUAUCUGGUCUUGUGGGGAAAGGGACUGAAAUCAUGUGGACCAGUUAGAGCAAUAUUGUCUGAGUAUUCUGGUGCUGUUCUUGGAGUACUUUCUGCAGUGUUAUAUGGUAGGAGAGGUCAUCUGUGGAAAAAGAUAGGUGGCCUAAUUGCCAUGCUGGCAUCUUUAUACCUGUUAUCAGAAGGAUGGGCUACGGCAACAUAUUCUCCAUUCUAUAUCCUCACUUAG